UGCAUUGUAUUUGUAUAUAUGUUGUGGCUCAUAUGAUUGUUUCAUUAUUUUGAUGUUGUUGUACUUCCUAAAUAUUAUUUUAUUUACUAACUAAGGAUACUGUUUAUGCUAAUAAUUAAUUAAUACAUGUCUGUAAUUAAAAAGAGUAGAAAUGAUGCAAUCAAAGCAGCUGUUACCUCCUACUUAGAACGUAGAAACUAUCCAGAUGCAGACGUUUUUAAUAAUACAAACUCUUUAAAUCAAAGUGCCGAGCAAAUGGCAGUUUCAUCAAUCGUUCAAUGUGAAUCAAGUCGCGCCAAUUCUAUACUAUUCUCUUGUAUAAACAACGACUCAGGCCAGUAUGAUGUACAGUAUACAAAGUUAGUCAACUUUAUAAAAGGUGUCAAACUUGAAAAAGUUCGAAAUGAGUUACUUGGAUUAAUAAGUCCACUACUUUGUCAUCUGUAUCUUGAAAUGCUUCGUGGUGGACAUAGCAGUGCAGCCCAGGUAUUUCUUAAAAGACACUCUGCUACACUUCCACAAAAAGAUUUGUCUUACCAUCAGCCAAUUGACGGUAAUUUGCCAUCUGCAUUAUAUCGCCCAAAUAGUCUGGAACAAUUAUUUAACUCUCUACAAAAUGGAACAAUCGAUAAUGAAACACCGGAGAAAGAUUAUAUGAAUCAGAUACUGGACGAUAUUGGAUCAAUAUACACCCUGCAAGAAUUGGAAGCAAGGCCCUCUAUAGCUGCUUUUCGGUCAUGCAAGUAUGAUAUCUGUUUGUCUCAAGAUGCACUCAAUACAUUAAAGGCUUACCUGGCAAAACAUGGACAUGUAUUAUUGAUACAAGUCUUGCAAACUUGGUUUCACAUGGAUAUGGAUAAUGCUGGCAAUAAAAAGAAUUCGGAGGAUGAUGAUGAUCAGUUGGAUGGGGAGAUGACUGUCACAGGCUUAAAUUCACAAGAAAAAAAUCUAGAUCUAGGUGAUAUAUUUUCCAAAUGCAAUGGUCAUGCAGAAUAUCAAUCAAAUGUUGAUAAGGAAUUAAAAGAUCUUCAAGAUGCAAUCAAAUCUGUAAGAGAAUCUAUGGCACCACUUAAGUUGUAUAAAAUAGCUGCACCUGAUACUCAUUUAAUAUGUGCUAAAACAGACACCAAUUGCAAUAUGUUAUGUGGAGGCUUUAACAACUCAGAAAUUAGACUGUGGGAUCUUGGUCAAAAUAAUAUUAAAAGGAAAAUUAAUCGCAAUAUUUCUGAAAUAGAGUUAGCAUGCUAUGUGCCUCCAGAACCGUCACCGGAAGACAAUACUUUACAAAUUGGUGCAGGUUUGCCCCUAAGAGGCCACUCAGGCCCAAUACAAGCUUUAAACAUACUUUGGCAAGAGGAAUUAGUUCUUUCUGCUUCACAUGACAACACAAUGAGAGCUUGGAGGUUGACUGAUUACUCAUGUGCUUCCAUUUAUAGGGGUCACAAUUAUCCAAUAUGGUGUAUGGAUGUAUCAAAAAAUGGCCUCUCAGUUGUUACCGGAUCACAUGAUAAGACAGCAAAGUUAUGGUCACUUGAUAGGACAUUUCCUAUACGUGUAUUUGUUGGACAUAUGUCUGAUGUAACUGCCGUGAAAUUUCAUCCAAAUGAGGCCUACAUAGCGAGUGGUGGCGCGGACCGUAGUGUACGACUAUGGCGCGUGUGUGACGCGCGACUCGUGCGGGUGCUUGUUGGUCACCGCGCUGCAGUUCGUGCACUUGCCUUCGCGCCCACGGGCAACUACCUCGCCAGUGCUGGAGAUGAUAAAAGAAUAAAGGUUUGGGAUUUAGCUGCAUGCACAUGUGUACACGAGCAUAGAGGACACCAUGGCAAAGUGACGGCACUUGAUUGGUCCGCAGUGGGAAAGGCAAGCCUGACAAACAGAAUUCUAGUAGAUCAUAAUGACUUGACAACGGAAAAUUCUCUCCUAUGUUCCACAGGAAUGGAUGGCAUUGUCAAAGUAUUUUGGGAUAACCAAAUAAAAAAUAAACAAGUCUCCAAUCAAGAUGUGCAGUCUGCUACAUAUAAUACAAAGUGCUCAUAUCUUGUAGAUGUACAAGUUCAUCCAGAUUGGGUGGUGGCAAUAGGAACUAAAAGAUAAUUUUGAUAAAACUGUUCUUAUUAAUUUUUUUUUUCUGACCAUCAAAAUUAAAACUAUCUAC